AUGCCGUCGCUCUUCUCUCGCAGUAAGAAGUCAGAAGAGGCCGGUCGUGUCCGGCUCUUUUACGGACACCCGCGCGAUGGCAUGUUUGUGGAGAACAUGAGCAUAGGCCAGGCCUUUUCCCUGCAGGCCAACGCAAGGCUUGCAGACAACCUGCUUGGGGAGAACGAAGACAAGAACUUCCGCAACGCACGGAGCCUGGGCCCGUCGGACGAGGCUAGCACGGUGAAGUGGCUGGCGCCUACACCGGUGAAGCAAGCCGGCCAGGGCAGGCCUCAAGAGGUCGCGGAGAGCCCACGCCAGGACCCCGGGACGCCGGCAGCGCAGCGGCAGGAGCAGAGCCCUGGUUCUAGCAUCCCGCCCACGCAGCCCCGCAGCCCUUGGGUGCAGAAGCUUCUCAAGAGAAAGAAGGACCGGCAGGGGAAGCACGCAAAGGCCAAGGCAGAAAAGCAACUUGCUUCCUGCACACGCGGCUGCCGUGACUGGACAAAUGGUAUGGGAAAGCGAGCUGUAGUCUCGGCGGCAGAUGCUGCCAAGGCACUUCGGAAUCCCGGCACUUCAGUGCGGCAGGCAGCGGAAGAUGCAGGGCAUUCCCGUGCGGCUAUGAGGCGUGCAGCUGCACGUCUUACUCUGCCGGAGCAAGCAUACAGAACGGUGACCUUUGGUGAGUAUUGCAUAGCAAUCGCCUCUGUGCCAACUGUGCUCCAGCAGAUGUGCCUGCAAGUGCGCGAUCUUGGCGAUGCUUUGGCUGCCUUGCAGACCCAGGCCGCCGAGCAGCCACUGAAUCUGGUGCUUUCUUUUGAUGAAGCCACGGCAGGCAACGUGCUUGCCCCAGAUCCGCAGAAGAAGAGCUGCAUGGUGUACGCUUGCAUAAAGGAACUCGGCACGCAAGCAGCGGCGCUGUGUCUCCCGCUCUGCGUGAUCGGGUCAGACACCAUGAAAAUGGGAUUGCAGAAUAGCUUGGGCCCGGUGCUUCGUCACAUCCUGCGUUUCGCUGCGGAAGACAAGCUAGCUGAGGGAUUCCUGAUCCAGUGCUCCCGGUCCUUCUUUCUCCGACUUCAAAUCAGCGCCGUCAUCGCGGACGGGGAAGCAGUCCGUCAGGCUUUGAACUGCAAGGGGGCUUCUGGGCUCAAGCCGUGCCAUCUCUGUAAAAAUGUCGUCAUGAAAGGACACGCAUUGGCAUCGGCACCGACCCUGCGUGAUUAUGCCUGCGACAUCUGUUCUUCAGACAUAGAUAAAUGGGAUCUUUUGGAGGACGAAGAGCUUUUCCAAUUCUGCGACAUGCAGCGGCAGAGGCAAGGCAGUAUUCCCGCGAGCCUCUUCGCCGAAGAAGAGACCCUGAGCGGCUACUGCUACAACCCGGAGGGCAUACUGCAAGAUGACUUCGCCAGGAGACUGUUACCACCCAGCAAGUGGCUCUUCGACUUCCUGCACCUCUACUAUACGGCCGGAGGCUGCGCGGCCGUGGAGAUGGCAUUUCUGAUGCGCGAGUGCGAUCGCAGGCUGCAGCAAGCGCCUGAGGACUUCGCCUCGCUCUUGCGCCAGCUGCCAUGGCAGACGCCAAGCCAUGUUGUCGGACUGCAAGGUCCGGCAUCCCGCGCACGCUUGCUGCAGUCCGCAAGGUUUCCUGAGAAGUCCUACAAAGGCAAAGCUGCUCACCUGAUGCAGCUGCUUCCCAUGAUCGCCUGCCUUGUGGAGCUUUAUGACGAGGAGGACCAGAUGGCAGGACCUUUAGCCAGCUAUGCAUGUUUGCUUGAAAUACACCGCGAACUUAGCCGCCUGAAGCGGCUAGGCCAGAUAUCCGACACAUCAAAGCUACAGCAGCUGCAGCGAGAGCACCAUGACCUAUGCCUCGCUACAUAUGGCGAAGGAAUUCUCAAGCCCAAACACCACUGGCGACAUCACGCAGCAAAGCAGAUCGAGGAGUGGGGCGCCUACAUGGACACGAGCGCUUUCGAAGCGAAGCAUCAAUCAUACAAACAAACUGCGAACAAAAACUUCGACGUUUUGGUGUCCUCUCCGGCCUGGUCCAAAGCAAUCCUCGACCGCAUGCUUUGCUCGUGCGUCGACCAGAUGAAAGUCCACUUCGAGCGCCGUGCCCUGCCUGGCCGUGGCAAGGAGACGACAAUCCUCUGGGGCCAGCAGAAACUCAGGGCAUUCAAGCAAGUGCAAUGGGAGGGGCUCACCUGGAAGGCUGGCGACUUCCAGUUGGAGCCUUUCCCAGGCAAAGUUUGUCAUUGCUGUCUGAGCUCCACUGACAAACCUUUCCUUUUGCUGCAGGAAUAUACCAUAGUCAGCAAAAGUCGGUUCAGCAUGGUCCUUCGCGCUGCUCAGAAGGUUCGCAGCCUGCAAGACGUGCUGCGCUCUAAGCUGGCCUCCUGGUGGCUGAUCGAAGAGACAGGACUUGUGCGAGCUCUGCGUUGA